UUUUUUUUUGGGCUAAGCAAGAGUACAAUCAUCUUGAACUGUUAUUCAGCCUGAAUUUACUCUGUUUUUUCUUUUAUUUUCCUCUCUGGUUCAAAUAAAUUCACUGUUCAUUCCCGAGUCCACCAAAACCUGUAGAAGCUAAUAGGAUCUCAAAUUCAACUUUUUAUGCUUUCAAGAUACUGUAAAUUCUUUGAGAUAUGGCCAAAACUGAUUGCCGAGUUAUUCUUUUAAAGGUUUUUCUAUGAUUCAGUCAGUUAAACGAGUAAAUAUGACUCCUCAUUUGUAUAUAGCUGAGGGUUUAUAUUCCUUAGAAUGUUCUGUAACUUUGUGCAGGCUAUUGUGACUUUAAGGAAGGGUGCACAUCUUCUAAAGUUUGGCCGAAGAGGGAAACCAAAAUUCUGUCCUUUCAGAUUGUCCACGGAUGAGAAAUUUUUGAUUUGGUAUUCUGGCCAGGAGGAGAAACAACUGAGAUUAAGCUCAGUUACAGAUAUUGUCCGUGGCGAAAAAACUAAACAACUUCAGCGAGAAAGGGAAUCUCAGUCCUUUUCCCUAAUUUAUGCAAAUGGUGAAAGAUCCCUCAAUCUGAUAUGCAAAGACAAAGCACAGGCUGAUUCUUGGUUGUUAGGUUUGAGAGCUGUAAUAUCCAGGUGUCACCAUCCUAAAUCGUUGAUUAUGUCAAAAACCCAAAGGGGAGCACAAAGUUGUGUCAAUAGUCCGGCUGGUUUUAUGCGAAGGAAGCAUAAUCUAGGACUUUCGGAGCAGAUGACUGAAUCUUCGCAGGUGCACAGCUUAUCGGGGAGCCCUACCCAGUCAUUUUCAGAGAGGUGUCUUUCUGAUGGUUUAUCGUGUUCUUCUGAUAGCUUUUAUUCUGAAUCAAACCAAUCUAUUCUGCAAAACGCAAUGGACCUUGUGAUUCCGAAAUCUCGGCAUACUGAACCUGAUGAUGUCAAGACGGUGGCUGCAUGUACUGGCACCAAAAUUCAAAAUAAAGUGCUUAGUAGGUUGGUGACACCUGCUCAUGAGUCACCACAAAUAGAAAAAAAUGUUUUGAGAGACAUUUUCAUAUGGGGAGAAGGAAUAGAAGGAGGGUGUUUGGGAGGUGGUUUUCAUAAGAUUGGUAACCACACCUGGAUGCCCUUGGAUGCUUUAUUACCUAAAUUACUGGAGUCCACCAUGAUGCUAGACGUACAAAAAAUAUCUCUUGGUGGGAAGCAUGCUGCCUUGGUUACCAAACAGGGGGAAGUUUUUUGUUGGGGUGAGGGGAAAGGGGGAAGGCUUGGGCAUAAAGUCGAUAUGGAUAUCGGGUGCCCAAAAGUGGUCGACUCCCUUACUGAGGUUUGUGUGAAAUCAGUUGCUUGUGGUGAAUAUCAAACAUGCGCUGUGACACUUUCUGGUGAGAUCUAUGCAUGGGGAGGUAGUGGUUAUGGCACUGAUUUAGCAGGAGAGGAUAGAUACAGAAGCGAGUGGCUCCCACAUAGGCUCUCUGGUCCUUUGGAUGGUAUAUGCAUAUUAAAUGUUGCUUGUGGUGAAUGGCAUACGGCAAUUGUAUCUACAUCUGGGCAGUUAUUCACUUAUGGAGAUGGAACUUUUGGGGUACUUGGGCAUGGAAAUUUUCAAAGUGUUUCUCAACCAAAAGAAGUUGAGUCUCUCAAGGGUUUAAGGGUAAAGUCUGUUGCUUGUGGACCUUGGCACACAGCUGCAAUAGUUGAAAUCAUGGCUGAUUGUUUCAAGUCCAACGAUCACGGUGGGAAAUUGUUUACUUGGGGAGAUGCAGAUAAAGGAAGGCUUGGACAUGCUGAUCAAGAAACAAAGCUUUCACCAACAUGUGUUGCACAACUUGUAGAGCAUGUUUUUGUCCAGGUAUCCUGUGGAAGAAUGCUCACUGUUGGACUAACAAACAAGGGAAUUGUUUACACAAUGGGGAGUGUGGUGCAUGGGCAAUUAGGGAAUCCACAGGCCAGAGAUAAAACAAUCACAGUUGUACAGGGGAAACUUAAACAUGAGUUUGUUAGGGAGAUAUCAUCAGGUUCUUAUCACAUUGCUGCCUUAACAGCAAAGGGAAAUGUUUAUACCUGGGGAAAAGGUGCGAACGGGCAGUUAGGGCUAGGGGAUACUGUAGAUAAAAAUUCUCCCACUUUAGUAGAGGCCUUGACUGGUAGGCAGGUAGAAAAUGUAACUUGUGGAUCAAGUUCAACUGCCGUAAUUUGUUUACACAAAUCUAUUUCUGGUACUGACCAGUUGGCUUGCACAGGUUGUAGCAUGGCUUUUGGGUUUACAAGGAAGAAGCAUAACUGUUAUAACUGUGGUCUUUUGUUCUGCCGUGCAUGUACCAGCAAGAAGGUUAGAAAUGCAUCUCUGGCUCCUAAAGGGAGCAAACCUGUUCGAGUCUGUAAUCCGUGCUUCAAUCAGCUGCAGAGAAUUCCACAUUCAGGUAGACCAUCAGAGAUGAAUAAUCUUAGUCCUAGACCUUUAUUAAUAAUACAGAAGGCAUUCUCGGAUGGGAAAGAAGAUAGAGGUGAUGCAACUAGUAUGCAAAGUCAAAUGGUCCCGUCCAAAAACUGUUGUGAUGGUAAUAGCAUGUGCCAUGAGAGGAAGACCAUGAAGAACGAGGGAGAAAAUGAUCAGCCUUUAGACCCUAUUUCUUACUUGUCUGGUGGCUUGCCAAGAUGGGGGCAGGUUCCUUUCCCUUUAUUGUUUAGAGAAUAUGGUGCAGAGCCGAUGAUGAUCAAUGUUCCUGAGAGAAAAAAUCCUUUAUAUAGUGUUGCUCAUGUUUGCUUGCAAGAGGUCACCCAGGAGUCAACGUUUUUAGCUUCUGCUGCCAUAAAUGCACCAAAAGACUUAACAGACUCUGGUAAGAUACAUCGUGAAGAAGCUCAGAAGCUGAGAGCUGAGGAGAAGAAUUUACUUCCAAAUCCAUUGACUAUCUGCUGUAACACUCUAGUCAGCUUCGAAAAGAACACGAAUCCCCGGUGGUUGGAGUUAGUACAUGAACCCUUCUUCUUCGUUGAGUCAUUUUCAGAGAGGUGUCUUUCUGAUGGUUUAUCGUGUUCUUCUGAUAGCUUUUAUUCUGAAUCAAACCAAUCUAUUCUGCAAAACGCAAUGGACCUUGUGAUUCCGAAAUCUCGGCAUACUGAACCUGAUGAUGUCAAGACGGUGGCUGCAUGUACUGGCACCAAAAUUCAAAAUAAAGUGCUUAGUAGGUUGGUGACACCUGCUCAUGAGUCACCACAAAUAGAAAAAAAUGUUUUGAGAGACAUUUUCAUAUGGGGAGAAGGAAUAGAAGGAGGGUGUUUGGGAGGUGGUUUUCAUAAGAUUGGUAACCACACCUGGAUGCCCUUGGAUGCUUUAUUACCUAAAUUACUGGAGUCCACCAUGAUGCUAGACGUACAAAAAAUAUCUCUUGGUGGGAAGCAUGCUGCCUUGGUUACCAAACAGGGGGAAGUUUUUUGUUGGGGUGAGGGGAAAGGGGGAAGGCUUGGGCAUAAAGUCGAUAUGGAUAUCGGGUGCCCAAAAGUGGUCGACUCCCUUACUGAGGUUUGUGUGAAAUCAGUUGCUUGUGGUGAAUAUCAAACAUGCGCUGUGACACUUUCUGGUGAGAUCUAUGCAUGGGGAGGUAGUGGUUAUGGCACUGAUUUAGCAGGAGAGGAUAGAUACAGAAGCGAGUGGCUCCCACAUAGGCUCUCUGGUCCUUUGGAUGGUAUAUGCAUAUUAAAUGUUGCUUGUGGUGAAUGGCAUACGGCAAUUGUAUCUACAUCUGGGCAGUUAUUCACUUAUGGAGAUGGAACUUUUGGGGUACUUGGGCAUGGAAAUUUUCAAAGUGUUUCUCAACCAAAAGAAGUUGAGUCUCUCAAGGGUUUAAGGGUAAAGUCUGUUGCUUGUGGACCUUGGCACACAGCUGCAAUAGUUGAAAUCAUGGCUGAUUGUUUCAAGUCCAACGAUCACGGUGGGNGUUUCUCAACCAAAAGAAGUUGA